AUGGAUCCACUUCCUCCUCGACCGCCUCAUCCGUCGAAUUCUGGCACUAGAAUGGUCCCUCCAGGAAGACGACCAAAAGAUUAUUCUCCAACAGAUUGGGGCGAUUACUGGGCGGAAAAGAAGACGUUUCAGAAGGACAGCGAUCUUUUCAACUACUACACGAUGGGAAACGAAGAAUCGAAAUGCUGCAUUCUAGUGCUCCACGGCGGCGGUUUCUCGGGACUUUCUUUUUCGCUUUUUGGAAAGAAGUUGAGAGAAAUGGCGGAUUGCUUCAUUAUUGCUCCUGAUAUUCGUGGGCACGGAGGGUCACGGUCCCGUCCGACGGUGAUUAUCGGACACUCGAUGGGAGGAGCGCUCGCUGUUCACGUCGCCCAUCGAACUCCUUGUAUUGGGCUUGUAGUGAUCGAUGUGGUGGAAGGAACAGCUCUGGAAGCCCUACCAAGCAUGGAAGUCAUCCUAAAUGGCCGCCCUGGAAAAUUCAAAUCAAAGGAUCAAGCAAUAGAAUGGGCCGUCAGAACAAAUUACAUCAAAAACAUCAAUUCUGCCAAAAUUUCCAUGCCUGGCCAAGUCCAAGAUAAAUCACCGACUGACGAAGAGUCGACGGAUCAAAUCUGGCGAAUCAAUUUGAGCGAAACCGCGAAUUAUUGGCGAGCGGGAAUGGACAGGCUGGACACGGCGCUGACAGUCGGACAAAUGCAGGGGAAGUUCCAACUUUCGGUGAUGCCCACUGCCGGCCACGCGAUUCACGAAGACCAGCCGCAGAAAGUUGCUGAACUUAUUGCGACUUUCAUUACGAGACACAAAUUUGCCACCGCCAAUCCAAAUUUCACUCCUCAAUCAGCGAUUCCCGGACUCGGAGGACUUGGCAGAAUGCGGGGGAUGAUGUAA